AGAGACGUCUUAAAGCAAUUAAAUCUCAGCUCAAUUCCAGUCUUCGGGCAAAACUAAUCGGUAUCAGACGUUUCUCCUCAGGAACUAUGUUGGCCAAAGUAUCGUGUGUUCUUUUGUUGCUCUUCGUUCUGCAGAACACCGGCACAGCAACACCUCUCACUAAAGGUGAGAGAAUUGAUCUCUCCGAAUAUGAUUCCGCCUACUAUAACCCAAAAACUGGAGUCGGCCUGAAGCCAACACUGGAGGAAAAUUCUGUGCCGUCCAAGAUCUCGUAUCGAGGCCUGUCUUGCGGUUGCAAGAAUCUUGAAUGCUCUUGCUGCGCCGGCAUCAAAAUCAAAUCAAUUCAUUUUAACCAGAAUGCAUGCAUAAAACUUGCCUUAGUUCCCAAGGACUCUGCUAUUCGCCUGUCGUUGAACCUGAACGACAAACAGAUCUAUUCAGCUUCGGUAUCCAUUAAAGACCUUCCACCACUGUGCAUUAAAGUGCCCAAAAUUUCCGCCGCGAAAGUCUGCCUUCGUAUUUACAACUUGCGCAUCGAAGGAAAAAAUCUUCAGGGAUGCGUUGACUUGGAAACCCGUGUCACUGGAAAGGCAAUUCUGGUCUUGCACUUCAACUGCCUGAAUAUUGCUAUCGGUAGGAGCUCUUUGGGAGUAAUCCAGAACGAAACCAAUUUAGUGCCCCUUGAAGUCGACGGGGCGAUAGCGGACCUGGACAUCUAUGACGAUUACAACGAGCUAGACGAUUUCGAGGUCGACUUCGAGCCACAGGAUCGCGAGGUCUCCGCCAAUUCUACGUCGAUGCUGAGUCCUAAAGAAGAAGUGGAAAUCGGCGAGCUGAAAUUGUGAUCAUCGCGAUCAAUUAUUCUUCGUCUAACAGAUUACAUAUACCGUUUGUUUCAAUUAAUUCGUACGGAUAGCUUAACUGACAUUUGUUGGGGUGGUUACAGAGAUUACCGUAACUGUAAUAAGAGCUUAGACGCAAAGACCCUUGUGGAUAAUAUGUAUAUAUUUACAAAAUCGGUUCAUAUUUAUACAUUAUAUUUAUAUUAUUAUGUUUAUGCAUUAUGAUGAUAACUGAAAUAAUUUCACUGAUCUACAAAAUUUAAUGAUUUUUUUUCCAAAAGUUUAAUGGUUGAUCUUGAUAGUAUUUCUAAUGCUGAAUUCGUAUAUUCAAUCCGUUCUUCUCCAUCGUCCACAGCUUUUGAGAAAAUCAAUUUUAAAGAAAAACUCAAUUUUUCAACUUUGAACAUUUGUUGUGUCUUAAUUAUGAAAAUCUUUCAAACUUUUCUCACACUAUGGACCUUCCUGAACACAAUGAUGUAAAUUUUAGUGACAUUAUAAACAUUUAAAUGUAUUUAAACAAUACAAAAAUCGGUGCGUUUCGAGCGUCGUUUUGCCUUUCGGCGCAGUUUAAAUAUAUUUAAAUGUUUGUAAUGUCAUUAAAAUUUACAUCAUUGUGUUCAAGAAGGUCGUAUAGAAUAAUACCGUGUAAGAAAAAUUUGAAAAAUUUUCAUAAUUAAGACACAAUAAAUGUUCAAAGUUGAAAAAUUGUGUUUUUCUUCAAAAUUGAUUUCCUCAAAAGCUGUGGAUGAUGGAGAAAAACGAAUGGAAUAUUCGAACUCAGCAUAAGAAAUACUAUUAAGAUUACCCAUUAAACCUUCUGUAACAAAAAUCAUGCUAACAAAAAUCGUUAAACUCGAAGUUGACCAUAACGACCGGUUUCUAAGUGCGUUUAAAACAGUUUACGUAGACUCAAAAUUUACCCCACUAGUUAAGGCUUAAUUUAGUUUUUAAUAUGGCAAUGUUAAUAUACUCAUUACUAUAUAAGUAUAAGUUUAUAACGUUAAUAUCUUCGUUAACAUGAAUAAAGAAUAACGAAUAAUAAAUAAAGCACCAUAUUUUGAUUGAA